GGUCAUACCAACUGUAAAAUGUGCGCUGUUUUUUGAUCAAAGUACUUCCGAUGUUUUUGUCAUUCCGAUUGGUUAUUAUAAAUAUUUAACUACCGUCUCAUACAUUUUUUGUCAGCAAACUUGAAACUAUUGCCUACAUCCUAUCAGAGAAAGAUGAGUCCUUAGUAAUUUUUGUAUCUUAACAUUGUCCGAACUACUUAGAUUUCCGCCAUAUUAGAUUUAAAGUUAACACUGUUUUUAACAGUUAGCUUUUGUGUUAGUUUUGUUAGGAGUAUGGGACUUUAAGGACAAAUGAAAAAGUCGUUGCAAUUGUAUUUAAGCCAAAUAUAAUGUUCCCAGUUUUAAAAUUCUCAUAACUAAUAUGUGGGUGUCAGUGUGUCAAUUAAUUGUUAAACAACAUACGGUUUGUUAAUGCAUAAGGUGUACAGUUAUUUAACAUUUUUGUUUUGAUGAACUUUAAAAACGUCGUUUGGAGGGAGUGAGUGAGCCUGUGUAUCUAUGAACACCUACAUUCCUUAAAUUUAUAUUUCCUAAUUAUGGCAUUUUACGAUGAUGUUUUAAUUAAUGCUACCGAAUUCAUAAAAAAGAGAUUUUAUUUUGUGUCCAUACGAACAGGUGAUAAACCAAAAUCUACCCAAUGCACACACUUUUUCACAGUUGAUAAUGAAUUGGUAUACGACAGCUUUUUCAAUGACUUUGGCCCUUUGAAUAUCUGUAUGCUGUAUCAUUAUUGCGUUAAAGUGAACAAAAAGUUAAAAUCCGCAGCUCUACAAAAGAAGAGGAUAGUUCAUUAUACCAGCUGCGAUGAAGAAAGAAGGGUUAACGCCGCAUUUUUGGCUUCAGGGUACAUGAUCAUCUAUGAGAACUAUACACCUGAACGCGCUCUCGAGGUCCUAUCAAUCCAUAACUCUGUGGAUUUUAUAGACUUCCGUGAUGCCUCUGUUGGCAUGCCAUACACCAUUGAAUUAUUCGAUUGUCUCAAGGGACUAAAAAAGGCUUAUGAUCACGGUUUCUUUAAUUUCGACGAUUUCGACUUUUUAGAGUACGAGCACUAUGAGAGAGUUGAGAACGGUGACUUAAAUUGGAUUAUUCCGGGAAAGUUUAUAGCAUUUUGCGGUCCUCAUAACAAGACCACCGUUGACAAUGGUUAUCCGUUGCAUUCCCCAGAGGCUUAUUUCUCUUACUUUCGCCGUCACAAAAUAACUACAAUUAUACGAUUAAAUAAAAAAAUUUACGAGGCAUCGAAGUUUGUCAAUGCCGGAUUUGCUCAUAAAGACUUAUAUUUUAUUGAUGGAAGUACACCCAGUGACAAAAUUUUGUCACAAUUCCUAAACAUCUGCGAAAAAACCGAAGGAGCUAUUGCAGUUCACUGCAAGGCCGGUUUGGGAAGGACAGGUACUUUAAUUGCCUGUUAUAUUAUGAAACAUUACAAGUUCACCUGUUACGAAGCAAUAGCCUGGAUUAGACUGUGUCGUCCCGGCUCAAUCAUUGGUCACCAACAAAUGUGGUUGGAGAACAAACAAGCGCAAAUGUGGGCAGCAGGAGAAGAGUAUCGCCGCAAACUGGGCCUACCCGAACCGGCGAAACAUGCCAAAGGAAUUUAUAAUUACAAUAGAGGUCCAGAAUUUACUACUUAUCUCAGGAAACUCAAAAAUCACGAUGUAACUGGUAUUUCCCAUAAAGUCGAUACUAUGCAACUAAAAGAUAAUAGCGCGGUGAGUACGGAGAAUGAUGAGGAGACACAGGGAGACCAGUUGAAUCAAAUAAAAGCGGAAAGAGCCGCGCGAAGCUUAUUGCAGCACUCUACCCCCGGCAAAAAGACAUUUUGCAGUAUUGUCUCUUCGCUUGAUAACCAGUUUCGUGGCAAUAAAAUAACAGGAUUAGGAACAAAAAGUUGUGCCGUGUCUUCUUCUAGAGUUGUAAUAAAAAGCGGCACACAGUUUCCAGUGAACUACAUUUUACCUACUCUUCAAACUACAAAUAGAUUAUGUUAUAAACCUGGAAACGGCUCAAAUGACAGAAAGCUGUCCUUAAGAAGAACUAAUUUGCGUACAUCCAUUCCUUCGACCUCUACCAAUAGCGAUAAUAAGACUCUAAGAGUAUUACGGAGCAGUAAUGGUGGAUCUGUAGCUAAUGGCAAUUCAUCUAUCACACAUUGUGGUACGUCACCAAUGACCAACGGUGACAAAAAAGAAACACUAACUUCACGACGCGCAAAGCGCUCGUUUACCUCUGACAAGGAAAAAUCUACUCCUAGAUCAGUAAAACUACUUCGGAGAUCUAAAAUACAAUCUACAGGUUCUGUUAUUAAUAAAUCAAAGUUUCAUUUACCUAAAGUCAAUAAAAUUUCAAAGACAUUGUAAUCAACUUAACUGUUAGUUAUUAAAGGUGCUAAGCGAAUAGAACUAUUUUUCGAGAACUUAACCAUGUAAUAGCAGUUUUUUUUGUUAUUGUUGCAUAAUUAACAUAGUGUAAUGGAAUGAUACACAGAUCAGUAUUGUUUGGUUUUAAUUAAGUGCAAUUGAUUUCAGCUGAUUUUAUUACUUCUUGCGCAAAAUGUAUUUUAUCAGUGUUGCUGUCAAAGAGAUACCAGUUUUUAUGUUACAGCAAUUUUAGGAUUGUUUUUUACAGCCCGGUUAGUUUGUACAAACAUAUACAAAAAGCAUAAAAUAGUUUUUAAGGGAAAUAUUGUUGCUAUAGAUCUAUUGUUUGCGUUAAUUCAACAUUGUGAUAAUGUUAGCGUUAAAUUUUAAAUAUUUUCAAAUUGUAAAUAAUGAUUUUAUCAAUCUUUUAAAGCAUGAUUAAAAAAUAAAAUCUAUAAAAAGAUACAUAAAUAUCAACUAUAAAGAUAGAUGAUCGCUUUAUCCUCUAAAACUUUGUUGGUAGGUUUGUGCCAUGUGUUUAAUAUAAUGUUACACAUUUUAAUAUAUUUUGUUGUUGGCUCUUCAAGCUUAUUUUUAUACAUUUUAGAUUAGUGUUUGUAACAUAAAUGCUACAUGUUUGUUUAUUGAGUAAUGUUUAUUAAAACGUGCCUCCACUCAA